AUGUAUCGACCCUCAGAAGAGGCAAGAAGAAUUUACGAUCUUCUUUGCCAGAACUCUGAACGUCUCGGUCUCCCAAGCGAGAUCUAUAGUAGCCGAGUACAGUUUCAGGCCAAUUCAGAUACGAUUUACUAUCCGAUCCCUUUCAAGGUCACCGAAACCCUGGCAGCUCUCAAGGGAAUAGAAGGAGCCCUGGCAGCUCUAAUAGCGGAUCUGCAGUCAGCAUCUAAGCCACAUGAACGGAAGACUACAAUCAACCUGGAAAGGGCAACGCUUUUCGGCUUUCAGGCACUGGCCGCCAAGAUCAAUGGGUACUCCCGAUCCGACCCUAAGGUCAAACGAUACAUGAAAGAUACCGAUAUCCAUGCUGCACAAUCAAAUCCGUAUCGGCGAAUGGCAGCCAGUAUGUACCGGACCAAGCAUGAUAACGAGUUCUUUCAUCUGCAUGGCUCUUUGAACCCAACUUCCACUCUGAAAAUGCUCGGUUUAGACAGCCACCGCGCGGAUCUCACUGACUACGAUGAGAUCAUAAACACUAUUCAGAGCCAGGUUCAAAAGUUCUCAGCAGCUGAGCUAGAGAGACUCAACGAGACGAAUCGGCAAGCAGGGGUGACGGUGUACGAGUAUGAAGAAUUCAAAAACACUCCCCAUGGUAGAACGAAUAUAGAGGAACCUUGGUGGAAGGUUAUGCGCCUGCCAGGGAAGACACCGCCAGCCGCUUUCAACCCUAGUGGAAGUCAUAGGAUACUCGAAGGUGUCAAGGUCUUGGAGCUCUGUUGUGUCAUUGCAGGGCCCAUGAUCGGUCGUACAUUAGCUGAAUACGGAGCGGAUGUUUUGAAGGUUACAUCUCCAACGGUGCCUGACGUACCAUUCUUUCAGGUCGACAAUAACAUGGGCAAGCGUGCUGUGGAAUUAGAUCUCAAGGCUGAUGAGGAUCGCCGCCAUUUCGAAGCCCUUCUCGCUGAUGUCGAUGUGAUCAUUGAUGGGUACCGCCCUGGCGCCCUUCGAAAACUUGGAUACAGCCCAGAAACUAUGGCUGCCAUGGCAGAGAAGCGUGGGAAAGGGAUCGUCUACAUAGACGAAACCUGCUUUGGGCACGAAGGUGAGUGGUGCCAUCGCCCAGGAUGGCAACAGAUAGCCGAUUGCCUCACCGGAUUUGCAAGGUGUCAUGGGCGAUUCCUUGGCCGUGCGGCGGAACCGAUGGUAUCCCCGUUGCCUAUAGCUGACUCUGGUGCCGGUUGCAUGGGUGCCAUCGCUGCCUUGACGGGCCUUUACAAUCGUAUACGAUACGGCGGAUCGUAUAUUGGUCAGGUUUCCUUGAUGCAGUUCAACUUACUGCUCUUUGCUGUCGGCCAAUAUCCGAACUCUACAGAGUCACAGCUGCAGCAUGCCUUUGCUCCUGCAUUUUCCAAGUUACGCUUCUGCGACAGCGUUGGCCGCAGUUCUGUCCUGGCAUUAGAGGUCAUGAGGGAACGGUUUCCACACCUCUUUGUGGAACCAUCCCCAGGGGAUCGCCAGAAUAGUCUGACAGAGAUAUGGUACUCUCAUCACUACGGAGCGGACGUGGAAGUUGUACGACCUGUAGCUGAGAUCGAGGGAGUCGAGAACGGCUUUGCUCGUGCAACUCGACCAAACGGUGCAGAUGCAUCUCCAUCCUGGGAUUUCCCGCAGGAACAGGGUUCCCGGAAGCUUUAG